AUGGCUUCCCCUAGUGUUCUCACUUUUGACGCUGAGGGUCGGGCGGUGGACUUUGAGGUCUGGGUAGAUGAUCUACAGCUAUUUCUGCAGUGCGAUAGGGCAGACGGCCUCUCUCUGUUUGACCUCACUUCUGGUGCCUCCCCUGCCCCUGCUGCUGAUGCUGACGCCACUGUUCCCUCACAGUGGGCCACACGUGAUGCUGCUGCUCGCCUUGCUGUUCGCCGCCACUUACCGACCACUGAGCGUGCACACUUUAGCCAGUACAAGAGUGCUCAUACCUUGUACGACGCUGUAGUUGCACGCUACUCUUCCCCUGCCACUGCUGCACUGAGCCGCCUCAUGCUUCCCUUCCUCUUCACUGACCUCGCUGCCUUUCCCACUGUCGCUGACCUCAUUACGCACCUCCGCACUCGUGACACUCGCUACCGCGCUGCGCUUCCUGCUGAGUUCUGCGCCAAGAACCCCCCCCCCAUGUACAUCACCCUCUACUACAUAGUCACCCGGCUCCCUGACUCUCUCCGCGUAGUCACGGACCACUUCCUCUCUGUUUGCCCCACCACUCUCACUCUUGACCUCCUCGAGAAGGCCCUCCUAGCGAUAGAGAAGAGCAUAGUCGCUGUAGGAGCCUCUAGUGGUGACCCUCGCACCUCCGUCUUUGAGGGGUGUUCUCCCUCCCCCCUCUUGCCCUCUGUCGCCUCUGCUGCUGCGGCCGACCUCGUUGGUUUCGAGUCGGUCGGCGCUGCGUCUGCCCCGAGUGGGAGACGCCGCACCGACAAGGGCAAGGGGGGCAAGGGCUCUGGAGGGGGUGGAGGGGGCGGUGGAGGUGGUGGUGGAGGCGGUGGAGGGAGUGGGGGUGGUGAUCUGGCCAAGGCCGGGGUUGCUAUCUUUGAUCUUGACUUCGAUGCUAUUCUUGCUGCCAUGUAUGCUGUUGCUGAUAGUGUUGAGGGUGCCUAUCACCUGUGUGUACCGCAUGACCCGGGCAUUGAGGCUGCUGCGCUAGGUGCUGGUGAGACUGCUGCUCUAGGUGCUAGUGCGUCUACUGCCCCAGGUGCUAGUGCCUCUGCCGCCCCAGGUGCUGGUGAGUCUGCUCUCUCAGGUACUUCUUCGGCUCAGGCCUUCCACACCUUAACCCUGGACUCGGGUGCGUCCCGCUCCUUCUUUCAAGACCGCACUACACUUACGCCGCUUAGUCGGCCGGUUGCAAUCUCCCUGGCAGACCCCUCUGGGGGUCCUGUCCUUGCUAGCUUCUCCACUGUCCUUCCGUGCCCUGCAGCCCCCUCUAGCACUCUGUCUGGUCUUUACCUCCCCUCGUUCUCUACAAACUUGGUGAGUGGAGCAGACCUACAGGAUCGAGGGGUUGACCAGUUCACUCCUGCGAGUCAGCGAGUGACCCACUGCACGUGUGCUCGGACAGGCCGACAUUUGGCCACCUUCACUCGUCGGCCAGGGUUGAGCCUGUACACCCUUACUACUGAGUCUCCUCCGACUGCUGAGUCUGCCCAGGUAGCUGUGUCGAGUCAGGUGUUUGCUGCAGCGUCCAGUCUCUCCGCACAAGCAGAGAGUCAGGGUGAAGGGCUGUUGGCAGGGCUGGCAGGGUUGGGAGGGUUAGGAAGGCUGGGCCUGCUGAAAGAGUGGGGAGGAGGGAAAGGUGCGAAGGCAACGUGUAUAGGUGAGCGGCAAAGCGUAGGUGUGGAGAGUGGUGGAGAUGAGUGGGUGGAGAGUGGUCAGGAAGGGCGGGUGGAGAGUGGUAUGGGAGGGCGGCUAGAGAGGGAGGUGGCGGCGUGGGUGGAUGGGCCGUGCAGGGCGAGAGGUGCAGAGGCAUCGUGUGUGGGUGAGCGGCAAAACACAAAUAUGGAGAGUGGUGGAGAUGGCCGGCUAGAGAGGGAGGUGGCGGCGUGGGCGGAGGGGGCGUGCAGGGCGAGAGGGGAGGGCGAGUGGAUGGUGGUGAUGGUCUGUGAGGAUACGGGCAGUGGUAUACCACCCGAGGAGAUGCGGUGGGUGCUGGAUCCGUAUGGCGGCGACCCUCACCACUCCACGCGCUCCCCUGCUGCUGCUGAUGCUGAUGCUGCUGGUGCUGCUGGUGGCAUUGAUGCUGCUGCUGCUGUUGCAGCCAAGGAGGGCCAGCAGAGCCAUGCCUCUCUCUCCAACUCUUUCUUAACACUCCCCCUAUCUCACUUGCCUCCCGCUUUUUGUGUGCUUGUUCUGCGGUGCGCAUACACAGCAGCCAAGGAGGGGCAGCAGAGCCACCCCUCUCACGCACGACGAGAGGGCUGCUGCUCGCCCCGCCUAGACGCCCUACCCUGUCCGCUUCCUCCUCUCCACCUCCCUUGUGAGUGCUUCCUCCUCUCCACCUCCCUCGUGAGUGCUUCCUCCUCUCCACCUCCCUCGUGGCGGAGAUGCGGGGAAGCAUGGCAGUGCUGUCAGACAGUGUCAUCAGCACCACCAUCCUUCUGGCCCUACCCCUCUCUGCACCGCCCCCCCCAACCAAACCUGGGGGCAGCAGCAGCAAGCGUUGGGGGGGCCCCAGUGGCACCUUUGAGCCCAAUCGCCCCGUUGAGUCCACUCAACCCUUUAAGCCCAGCGGCCCCUCUAAGCCCCGUAAGCCUGCGGCUACAAGCCAUGCCAGAGCUCUCUCCCCACUUAGGAGCAGGCGGCUUCGGGAGCAGCUUGGGGGGGAGCAGCAUGGGGGUUGUGGGGGGGGUUGUUGGGGGAGGUUUGGGCGGCGGAGCGGGCGGCGUAGAGGCGGCGGUGCGGGCGGCGGUGGCGGGGCGGCGGGUGGCAGUGGUGGAUGAUAACGCGGUGAACCGCAUGGUGGCGCGGCGAACGCUGCAGGGCUACGGGGCAGACGUGCUGCUGCUGGCUUCAGGAGAGGACACCCUGCAAGCUGUCUCCUCCCACAUGGACCCCUCUCCCCACCCCCCCUCCUCGUGCCUCCAACUACUGCUGCUGGACCUCCACAUGCCCCCCGGCAUUGAUGGGUGA